GAUCAUAAUUUAGGAGGUUUCUCCUUCAAGUCAAUUUCUCUCAACUUUCCCCUUCUUCCUAUCUUCUUCCCUUCUCUUACCUCCUCCACCUAAUAAUCAUUUUCUUCUUAUUCUCCUCCUCCAACAAACCACAAUCUUCCAUUUCACAGACAAAUUCCGAUCGGCCGCCGCAUCUCGCCGGUUUCAAAUGGAGAUGGAAGUGGUUGUUAGAGUCCCUCCUGCCGGCGGCGACAUGUUCAACUUCGGCAGCCCUUGCUCCUCCCACUAUCUGUCAGCUCCUUCAACUCCUUUCUCCUCCGUUAGUGCUCCCACCAGCCCCUCCUCUCACGCCUUCAACUUCUUCCGCCUCGACGAUAUCGACGUUCCCAUCGGCUCUCCCUCCGCCGUCCCCUUCCGCUGGGAGGAGAAGCCCGGCAUCCCCAAGUCCCCCGAUUGCUCCGCCGAUCAAGAUUUUGAAUUUCAUUGUACCCGCCACUCCUCCUUCUCUAAAUCUUCCCUCUCCGCCGAUGAGCUCUUCCACGGCGGCAAGAUCAAGCCGCUCAAACCACCGCCCGGUCUCCAGUCGAACAUAUCGUCGCCGAGAUCGCCGCACAAUCCGAGGCUAUCCCCUCGAAAAACAAAAAGCAAUAAUAUCGACAUGAACAUCAAUGACGACCCAUUUGAAGCAGCGCUAAUGAAAGAAACUCUUAGCCAUAGAAGCAACUACGAGCUCGUCGAUUCACAAAACAAUAAAAACAGAGGAAGAACAGACAAAAUUUCAUACGACAUUUCCCCUAAUUUUGCUCGAAAACAAACUCGAUCUCUUUCCCCUUUCAGAAUCUCCUCUGAAGCUCCAUUCCAUGGAGAUGACGACAACUCCCUCGCCGGCGUCGACGCCGGAAAAUCAAAGUCAUCGUCUUUUUUAUCGGCAAUUUCGUUUUCAAAGACCAACAGAAAAUGGAGGCUCAGAGACUUAUUGUUUCGCAGUGCAUCGGAAGGCCAUGUGACGGAGAAAGCCGAUAAGCUGAGGUCUACCUAUGUUGUAAUGUCGGAAAAAUUGGAUGACGACGUGAAGAUUUCAAGUUUCCGGUCAACCGACAGCGGCGGUCCGAGGAUGCAUUUCACGGCGGCGAACCGGGCGGUUUCUGAGGAGUUGAUGAAGAAGAAGAGUUUUUUGCCUAACAAACGGGGUUUUUUGGGCCGUUGCUUGCGGUUUAACCGGUCGGGUAUGCAGGAGAUUUCUAGAGGAAUUGGGUCGUUGACACGUGGAUGAACCGGCAAAAAAUUUUAUUUUAUUUUAUUUUAUUUGUUCGGAUUGAUCAAUGUAAGAAGUGACGUUUUGUCGGUGUUUGAUAAAUAAAUAAAUCAAGAUUAUAGAGAAAUUGGUUGAAGUUGUAAGAAAUUGAAGAUAUGAAUAAUAAGAAAGAGUUUCUGGUCUUGAUUUUUAGAGGAAAA